GUUUUUGUUGCCUUGAUCAACAACCUGAUCACAUUCGUUCCGGUGUUUCUCGUGACCUACAUGUUUCGCAGCUCUCGUUUGCAUACCAGUCACGCGACGAAGUUGCGCGAGGUGGUCGAGGAUCAUUUAAACGAGUCAAUCGACAAGGACCAAUUGCCACCAAUCACUCAGACGGCCUCUAUUCAACAACGAGCUCUUAAAACCGCUAUGUUCUAUAACAAGCAACACGGGAAACACGGAUUUUCUGACUCAUUGGAUUUUCGUAGCCCAGUCUCUAUCCAAGCCCGCGAACAUAGUCCUUAUUCCUACUUUUCUUUCAAUGUAAUGUUACUGGCCAUUUUCAUCUCAUUCGCGUGCAAAAGAACAGAUCAAGUAGACGACAUUGAAAUCCUCGUUGAGGAGGAUGAUCUGAUUGAGGGCUUAGGACGUCGUUAUCAACUUCAAUUGGACGAAGAGUAUUUGCAUGACGAGUACCCGGAGCUCGAACGAGCCCGGGCGUAUCGAGUAAAGCAACGUCGCGCGAACGAUAUCAUGCGUGAAAUUUUCUUCUACAUCAUAUUUCUUGUGCUAUUGUUACUUGUCACUACUGGAUUCCGUGAUCCGAAUGCCUUUAUGCUGAAGAAAAGUUUGCAGGCUACCUUCUUCCCAGACAGUUACGACCAGAUNUUACAGAUCAACACAGUUGACGACUUUAAUGAUUGGGUUCAAAAAAUACUAAUUCCGGGGUUGCGUGCAAAACGUUGGUACAACCAAGAACCGCCGCUGUUUCAACGCGGAUUCCUCAAAGACAGAAGCGAUCGAAUCAUUGGUUACGGACUGAUGAGACAGCUGCGUGUAAAACCGAGUAAGCUUCAGUUUUUUCCCAGUCUUAAUUAUAAACAUAUUUAA